UGGUACAGUCCAAGCGACAUUUUCGCGGGAAAAUCGACCUUCCUCCACUUCCCACCCUGGUUUUGCCGCCAUUUCGCCUGCGUUUCACACAGAUACAGACGGUUCCAGAUUUCAAGAAGACUUCCAAGUAUUGUCGUGACAAGGUUCAAGAUGUUGGGGAGUGGCGUCUUACAGCGCCAGCCUCUGUCGGAGACACUGAAGGCGAAGUUGUCUGAAUUAGAAGAGGACUUCAGUGAGGGCAAUGUCACCGAGAAGGGUUACAUUAAGAAGAGAGCCUUACUUCUGAACGGGCUGAUGACCCCAGAUGACCACAAACUCAUCCUGAAGCUGGAGCAGGAGCUGAAAGACAAGUCACUACCCGAGAAAGAAUACAUAAAGGAAGUCACAAAAGUGCUUGACAAGUACACUGCCGAGUCUAUCAACCAAGACUCCAUGGAGUGUGAGACAAGUGAGGCCAACGGCAGUUCCUCUGAGGAGACUGUGGAAAACUCCAAAAUGGCAGAUGCGUGUAGCAGUGAGGAUAGUGGGGUGUUGACCAGCAGUGGAGAUGAGGAGAAGGGACCAACGAAAAAGUCUCCCAAAAACAUCAAACAGGAGAAAAGAGACGACGAUGGAGUGUCUCCACCAAAGAGGAGAAAGGGUAAACUGAAUGGUAGUGGCCAACCAACUAUCCUGACUAUGUUUUCAAAAGUCUCCCAGAAAAGGAAGGCCACUGAUAGCAGUUCUGAUGUUGAUUCUUCUACGGAAGGAGGAAUCAAAUCAGAACCAAAGGUAGAGCAUGAGGACAAGAAAGUAAAGCAUGAAGAUAGUGACAUGGACUCUGGACCUGAGUUGAGAAAAAAAUCAGAGACAACUGCUCCACAAGCACCAAAGGCUCCUCCAGUCAAGUGUAAAGAGUGCCGUCAGCUGUUGGAUGACCCUGACCUUCGCAUGUUCCCUGGAGACCCACAGGAGGCAGUUGAUGAAGUAGAGAUGUUGACAGAUGAGCGAUUAUCUCUUCUGGAGGAAGACCAGGAGUAUGGCACUUAUGAUGAUCGUCCUCAGCAUAAAAUCACCAACUUCAGUGUAUAUGACAAGAACACCCAUCUGUGUGCGUUUGACACGGGGCUGAUUGAGAAGAAUGUAGAGCUGUACUUCAGUGGAGCGGUCAAACCAAUCUACGAUGAGAACCCAAGUGCUGAUGGCGGUGUGCUGGCAAAGAGUGUAGGACCAAUCAAUGAAUGGUGGACAGCAGGCUUCGACGGAGGAGAAAAUGCCCUUAUAGGUUUCACUACAGCCUUUGCGGAGUACAUCGUGAUGCAGCCUAGUGAGGCAUACGCACCCUUCAUGGACACCAUGUGGGAAAAGAUCCACAUGAGCAAACUGGUCAUCGAGUUCCUGGUUAACAACCAAGAGGCUGCUUACGAAGACUUGCUCAACAAAAUCCAGACCACAGUUCCUCCUCAGAGCCUUCGAGUGACGUCCUUCAGCGAGGAAUCACUGCUCAGACAUGCACAGUUUGUGGUGGAACAGGUGGAGAACUUUGACCUAGCGGGUGAUGCGGACGAGGCGCCCCUCCUGACCACACCCUGCAUGCGGGCACUCAUCAAACUGGCAGGAGUCACCCUUGGCAAGAGGCGAGCUGGAAGAAGUGGCAUUAAGCAACCCAGGAAAGUCAAGGCCAAACCCAUGCGCCAGACCAAGGCCACUACAACCAACUUGGUGUGCAGCAUCUUCGACACAUUCUUUAAGGACCAGAUCCAACCUGGAGACAAGAUUGGUGGGCCUCGCAGACGGCGCUGUGGGGUCUGUGAGGUGUGUCAGCAGCCCGACUGCGGCACCUGCGUGGCCUGUAAGGACAUGACCAAAUUUGGAGGGACCGGCAAGUCCAAGCAAGCCUGUGUCAACAGGAGGUGCCCAAAUAUGGCAGUGCAGGAUGCAGAGGAUGAUGAUGACCUUGAGGAUGACCUUGACAAGGACUUCAAUGGCAUGGUGGGACACAAGAGGACACACUUCUCUCCCAGGAAGAACGUCAAGAGCAAGGUGAAAAUAAGCUGGGAGGGAAAACCACUGAAGGAGGAGGGGAAGAAAACAUUUUAUUCUGCUGUCAUGCUGGAGGAAGAAAAGAUUGAGACAGGAGACUGUGUGACUGUGACGUCUGAGGACCCGACCAAACCCCUGUUCAUCGCUCGUGUCAUGUACAUGUGGGAGGACAGUGGAGGGGACAUGAUGUGCCACGUGGGAUGGUUCUGUCGAGGUUCAGACACAGUCCUGGGAGAGACGUCAGACCCACUGGAGGUGUUCCUGGUAGACGAGUGUGAAGACAUCCUCGUACAGUUCAUCAAGUUCAAAUGCAAGGUGAUCCUGAAGACGUUUGAUAAGGACUGGUUCAGCCAGGGAGGAGUGGAGGACCCAGACACUGACUAUCCCAUCAAGGAGGAUGACGGCAGGACUUUCUUCUGUCAGAAAUGGUAUGAUCCAGACCUGGCUAGGUUUGAGGACCCACCAGUUCUAGAGGAGGGCAGUGGGCACAAGUUCUGUCCUCUCUGUCUCAGGCUGGACCACAGCAGAAAGUCAGAGAUUCCCAUUGUUAGGGAACAACUGGACGAUGACACUGGGGAUGACAACAAAGUGUACUAUGGUUUAUGCCAGAAGGGUGGAGUGGAAUACAAGAUCGGUGAUGAUGUGUUUCUGCUGCCUGACUCAUUCUCCUUCAGUGUGAAAGUCAAGAACUCAACAAAGAAGGCAAACAAGAAGGACAACUAUGAUGAGGACCUGUACCCCGAGUACUACCGCAAGAGAGGCGAUUACGUGAAGGGAAGUAACGAGGAGUGUCCAGAACCGUUCCGCAUCGGUCGCAUCCUCAGUAUCUACUGUAAACGUACGGUCAGCGGGAUCAUCAACACUCACGACGUACGACUCAGGGUCACCAAGUUCUACAGGCCAGAGAACACUCACAAAGGGAAGGCAGGCAGCCACCACACUGACCUCAACCUGCUGUACUGGAGUGAUGAAGAGGCAGUAGUGGACUUCAUGUCAGUUCAAGGGAAGUGCCAUGUUGUGUAUGGUGAGGACCUGGAUGUCAGUGUGGAAGACUGGUCCAGCAAGGGCCUGCACAGGUUUUACUUCAAUGAGGCAUACAACACUGAAAGUAAGCAGUUUGAAGAACCGCCAAACAAAGCAAGGAGUGGUGGGAAAAAAGCCAAGGGAAAAGGAAAGGGGAAAGGUAAAGGGAAGGGGAAGUCUGCUGAGGCAGAGUCUAAGGAAGAAGAACUGCCGACUCCUGCCUUCACCAAGCUGCGCAUGCUGGAUGUGUUUGCUGGGUGUGGUGGCCUGUCUGAAGGUUUCCACCAGGCGGGGAUAGCUGAGAGUAAGUGGGCAGUGGAGGUGAUGGAGCCGGCUGCCCAGGCCUACAGGCUCAACAACCCUGACUGUACUGUCUUCACAGACGACUGUAACAUCCUGCUGCAACUGGUCAUGGAGGGAGCAACCACUAACUCUACAGGGCAGAGACUGCCCCAGAAGGGGGAUGUGGAGUUACUGUGUGGGGGGCCACCUUGUCAAGGCUUCAGUGGCAUGAACAGGUUUAACUCCAGACAGUACUCUCAGUUCAAGAAUUCCUUGGUGGUAUCCUUCCUGAGCUACUGUGACUUCUACCGACCGAAGUUCUUCCUGUUGGAGAACGUGCGGAACUUUGUGUCCUUCAAGAGCUCCAUGGUGCUGAAGCUGACGCUGCGCUGCCUGAUCCGUAUGGGGUACCAGUGUACCUUCGGGGUCCUGCAGGCUGGGAACUACGGCGUGGCUCAAACGCGACGCAGGGCCAUCAUCCUAGCAGCAGCACCCGGAGAGAAGCUCCCCAUGUACCCAGAACCUCAGCACGUGUUCUCACCCAGGGCCUGUCAGCUCAGUGUCAUGGUGGACGAGAAGAAGUACAACUCCAACACCCAGUGGAGGCAGUCUGCUCCGUUCCGUACCAUCACCAUCCGUGACACCAUGUCAGACCUGCCCUCCAUCAGGAACGGCCACGCCGCCACUGAGAUCUCAUACGACGGAGAACCAAGGUCAUACUUCCAGAAAAUUAUCCGUGGUAACCAGUACCAGCCCAUCCUGCGUGACCACAUCUGUAAGGACAUGAACCCGCUGGUGGAGGCACGUAUGCGCCACGUCCCGCUGGCUCCCGGCUCCGACUGGAGAGACCUCCCCAACAUCGUGGUCAGGCUGUCUGACGGAUCCUCCUCUAAGUUACUGCAGUACACCCACGAGGACAAGAAGAACGGCACCAGCUCUACAGGAGCGCUGCGUGGCGUAUGCUCCUGUGCCGAGGGCGCAGCGUGCGACCAGAACGACAGACAGUUUAACACCCUCAUCCCCUGGUGCCUACCUCACACAGGGAACCGUCACAACCACUGGGCGGGACUGUACGGCAGACUGGAGUGGGACGGGUUCUUCAGCACCACAGUCACCAACCCCGAACCCAUGGGCAAACAGGGUCGUGUUCUCCACCCUGAGCAGCACCGUGUGGUGAGUGUACGGGAGUGCGCCCGCUCUCAGGGAUUCCCCGACACAUACCGCUUCUAUGGGAGCAUCUUGGACAAACACAGACAGGUUGGCAAUGCUGUACCGCCCCCCAUGGCAGCUGCCAUCGGCAGGGAGAUUAAGAAGUGUUUGGAAGCCAAGAGCAAGAAGGAAACACAGGAGGGAGAAACAAAACCUGCUCCAGUGGAAGCUUAAUAAAAUCUGGAUGGACUGAAAUGGACAAAAGAUGAGAACCUUUAUACAUCAUAGAGGGCCAUAUCUUUACUGUACUAUGUGGACCAAAGGCUUACAUUCAUCUUAAUCGGUUGUAGAAUUUUAAUGAAUUCUUUUGUCAGACCAAUGUUUUCUUAAUCAAUUAUGUAGUACAGUACUUAAAAUGAUGGCUAGAGUUGAUGAUAGC